AUGUUGGCACCCUUGCUCCUUCCCCUGGUACUCCUCCCCACCCUAGUCCGGAGCGAGGUCAUGACCCCCGUACCCCUCUUCGAUAGUUCGCACGCGACCGAGGGUCGGCCUUUUUCCGCUUCGCUCGAUUCAACAAAAGAUGGGGCUGCCGCUUCGGCAAGCUCAUUGGCUUCGCUCGUUUUGCAAAGUAAGGAAAAUGUCGUUUGGGCCGGUCCUAAAGGUACGUCAAACAUUUGAAGCUUGGUGCAUGAAUGUGAAGUUGAAUCGGGCAUCGUUAUCUUACGAUACGCUCUGCUCUUUCUUGGACCACUAGACGAACACGGGAUGGCGACUUUUGCGACGAUGGAGUUGGACAGUCACGACACUGAAAAGGUACGACAAGAGCGCAUCUUGACCCCGCGCUCUGAAUGGGCGUGACCACGCGCUGAACAAGUUCACUUCUGCCACUCUACAACAUAGAUUAUAAACAUGCAGCGCUUCUCCAAGUUCUUGGACAACGUCAAAUGCGGUCCCACGAGCACGACUCUCACUUUCACGAGCUCUGACGAUUUUACGGCCGCCGUUACAGCCUGGUCAUGGGUCAACGACCACGACAAACACGUCAUGCACGUCCUUGCCAACUGGAAAGGAUGCCUUACCCCCCAAGGCAAUCUUCAACCCUACCACUUCGACAAGAUGACGAGCGACGCGACGAGCAAGACGAUCACCCUCCAGGGAGGUCCUAAGGAUUGGAGUUUGGCUGCGCAUACGUUCGUGCUAGAGUUUGGUGGAGGCGCAUCUGGUGUUCCCGACACAACUUCGGAUGGGGAUACGAAUACUAUUGAAGGCUCGACCUCAAAUUCAAGCUCGAACGCGACUCUUUCCAAACGAUCGCAGACAAUCGAAGGAGAGGCACCCUCUCUCAACGGUAGUACCACCGAUUUGACCACCAAUAAAACCAAUGGCGUCAGCUUCAAGGACUCGAAAUGGGGUUUCCUUAAAAAGCACUUCCGUCACCUAGGGGACUACAAUGGGCAUAAGCCUUACGACAUCGACAUUCAUUCCGACAUCAGCGGAAAAAUCAAACCCCCUGGCAUCACGAGGGCGGGGGCCGUCUUCGCGGCCCAAGCAACCUGCACCGACUGCCACCUCUUUGGUCGGAUGGACUUUGACUUGAUCGCCAAGGUGGAGAACUGGCAUCCGGUCGAGAUGGGCAUCUAUGCCACCGCACGAGGCGUACGCGCUCAAGCAAAUUGGAAUUUAGCCGCCAUGGUCAGUGUUGGCUUCACAUGCUGCUCCCAUCAUUGCCGUUCCACAACUGACCGUUUUCGGUUGUUUACGUGUACCAUACCCAACCUGCAGGCCGAAUUGGCUCAAACGCUCGAGAUCAUGCAAGCGGGCAUCUCGCUCGCUCUCGCCGGGUUCAGCUUCAGCAUCCCCCACAUCCUCCACAUGGGCCUGUACGCCGAAGGCGGCUACGGGAUCCGUCUCGAAAAUGUGCACGGUGAGGUCGGCAUCAAGAGCACAGUGACGGGUCACGUCAACGAGGGUGCGGUAGGCCACAUGGACGUGCUGAAACGAAAGGGGAGCAACACCAACUACGGGGUCACGAUGACUCCCGGGAAGGUUGAUUUUUUUGGUUCGGGCCAUGGAACGGUCAUUGGCCAUGCGAUGGGUGGAAUUGGGAUCGGCGUUUCCUUGUUCAAGGCGGGUGAGUGCGAGGAGCCUUAGUUGAUCAAGUCGACCUUCCCAACCGACCGAUCUUGUCACCACGCGCUGACGAUUGUUCCAAAUCUCGUAUCUGAACCCCUGUAUCUAGAGUACGACGCGGUGCUGCACAUGAAAGUUCCCAGUGUCGGUUUCACGCUCAGCGUCGACCAGGCUGGUCAGGGCGAAUGCGGCAAACAGAUGCACAGACCCACGGCGAGUAUCCAACCGUUCAUCGACAUCUACAUCGACUUCCGCCUCGGGGGCAAAGGAGCGGCGGACAACAUCAAUACUCCUAUCGGCGUCGCUGACCCCAAGUCGCCCAAGUCUCCCAAAAUUAAAGGGAGGUCGACCAAGCAUGGUUCGCACAUGCUCAACACCGAUCCGGCAGAGUACGAUGCGAUCAGGGCCAAGAAGGUCAAGGAGCUGGCUAGGUCGGCGAUCAUGUCCGGGUCGACAUGGAGGAGGAAUAAGUCGAACUCGACCGCGACUGCAUCCCGCACGUUCUCGCCCAUGGGGCCUUCAGGGUCGGAUUCCGAGAACUUGGACAAGUCGUCCGCUUCGGGCACCGACGCGUCCUCGUCCUCGCCCUCGCUUCGCCAUGCCGGCGAUAAGCGCUGGUUAGGUGCCGCCGUGAAGAAGGCGCUGGGCAAAGUUUGGGACUGGACGCUCUACUACCACAAGUACCCCGUCGGCCACAUCAUGUGCUUCCCGAUUGGCCAUGGUCAAAGUUCGGAUAAGCAGGACUCGUUGCAGACAUCGCUGAUGGAUAAGGGGCGAGUUACUAGGGUCGUGCGGCGCGGAAAGGGGAGCUCGUUGGUUGCCCCUGUCGAGGUCGAGCGCCUCUCACUUGGCCCGGCCACUGACGGGCCCAAGGGUCUGAACCCUACCAAUGGUACUUUUGCUCCCGCUGUACAAGGCGACCAUCUCGGAGUAUGA